AUGCCUGGCUUCCUGGUACAUGGUGCUCCUGUGAGGCUGUGUGUGGGCCUUGCAUGUGUCCUGUCCUUUUGGAACACAGUGUCUGCUAUUAAAGGGGAAGCCAAGAAGGAAAAGGUCACGACAUUCCUACCUACAACAGUGUCUGGAAAUGAAGUUGAGAAGGAAAAAGCUGGGGCUUUCCUUGGUGCAACAGAGCUGCCCGCCAGGUCCGUCGAUCUGUCUGCGCUGAACCUGACCGAGGUGGUGAACAGGAUGCUGAGCAGAGCUUUAAAAGACAGCAAGAAAUUCUUCUCCUUGCUCAGCAUCACCUCCUACAGCUCCUUUGCCUUCCACAAGUUCUCUGUGGCCAUCUACAACAUCUCGAGCCUGCGGCCGGCGGACCAGGCCAAGUUCCCCACGCGCCACUGCUACUGCUUAAGCGACAGGACCGGCGGCCUCUCAGAUUUCACAGCCCUCCUGGUGGACAUCAUUGGAAAUUCUACCAGCUACCUCACAGAGAUUUUUAAGUCGACCUCCAUCCUCUCAGUGAGUCAGACAAACGAAUCCGACUGUAUCUUCAUCUGUGUGAUGACAGGAAAGUCAGGAAGGAACCUGUCUGACUUCUGGGAGAUGGUGGAGAAAUCUCCGGUUAUCAAUUACACCUUUACCAGCAGCCUGGCUGGUGUCCUGGCUACCAGGGGGACCGUUGUGACUUCAGAGCUCACACCCGCGAGCCAGCAAACCCUGCCAAGGACAAGCUCUCCAAGCACAGCCCAGAGCACCGGCGUGUCUGCUCCGAGAACAUCUCCCUGGACAGAGACAACUCGUCCUUCAGAGGGAGAGCAGACCGUGAACAUAGACAGGCUUCUGGAACUUCUUGCCAAGGCCACGGCCACGGCCACGGCCACGGCCACGGCCACUCCAGACAGUGUCACUCCCACCCUCCUGGGCUUGGCUACCAGGAGGGUGGCCACAACUCCAUGGGUGACAGAUAGCUGGCAGGCCUGGACUUCCACAUUGCCUAUGCCGGGGACUCAGACUAUCAGUGAAGAAACACCUGGAGGGCCUCCUUGGGAAACACUUUCCUCCGGAGUGACAUCACCUGCAGAGGCCGAGGGGACCAGGAACACAGGGAGCCUUUCAGAGCCUCCUGCUAGGACAAAAGGCAGCCCACCCCGGUCCAGCCCAACCUCAGGGACACUGACCCCUGGCACACAGACUUCAAGUCCAACCAAAGCACCGGCCCCCAGAUAUCCACAGACAGGUGAUCUCCCAUGGCCAUUUACCCCCAGAGAAGAGCCAGCCCUCGUCCCUGGACCCCACCAAGUUCAAGUUUCAAGGUGUCCUCAGUGGCUCCUCAGAGAAGGGCCCAUGACAGAUGCUCCUCUCCCGUUGGCUGCCCAGAAGCUCAACCUUUGCCUGAUGGAGCUGUGCCGAUUUUUCCAGCAAUGCCUCUGCAUGAGCCUGAGGACGGACCCCAGGAUGGAGACCAUGAGGUACUGCCUCGAAUACUAUUCCUGGUUUCUGAAGAAUGCAACACACAUCUGCCAGAAGGCGAAGCAGGUGUCCCACUCGCACACCUUAAAACAAAGAUGCCUUGAGAACAUCUGCAAGUCUGUGUGA